AUGUCUGAAUUUCAAGAAGACAAUAACAAGAGUAAAAAUGGAGGUCGUUCCAUGAUUUUUGAGAUGACACAGCAGACCAGAGUUAAGAAGGAAUUAAGCCAAUGGGCCCCGCGCCGCGGCGGCACCAGCACCGGCCUCCCCGCUGCAGUCCCUUCCCCACCUGCCGGGGAGGAGGAGGACGUGGCCGCCGGCGGCGGCAGCACCAAAGACUAUCUGUGUAACUGCAGUGCUCUUGGGAGUGCAAGUGUGAAUGAGUGCAAUACUUCAACAGGACAGUGCGAGUGUCACAAAGGCUACACUGGUCUGCGGUGUGAAAAUUGUGAGGAGGGAUAUCUCGUGAACCAAACCAGUGGGCUCUGCCUUCCGUGUGGCUGCAGUUCCAAAGGCUCUGUCAACUCCCUUUGUGACAACUUUGGAAAAUGCCAGUGUAAAGUUGGGGUAACCGGCUUCAAGUGUGACCAAUGCCAUGAUGGAUACUACUGGGUCAACCAAACCAGCUGUGAACCAUGCCAGUGCAAUAACUAUUCCAACAGUUGCGAUGUCUUAACAGGCACCUGUUUGAACUGCCAAGGUAAUACAGAAGGAAGCCACUGUGAAAAAUGUAAGGUGGGCUUCUUUAGAAGCAUCCUCCCAAGCCAGGAAUGUAAUCGCUGCCCAUGUUCAACAGUGGCAUCUACCGGCAGUUGCCAAAUAAAACCUGGUCAACACGCUCCAACGUGUGACCGAUGCAAAGCCGGAUACACUGGUCUGAACUGCGACCAGUGUGACAAUGGCUUUUACAAUUCCGAUAGCAUCUGCAUUAGAUGUAAAUGUAACGGGAAUGUAGACUCAGAGCAGUCACCCAAGGUGUGCAAGCCAGACACAGGGGAAUGCAUUGGCUGCCUCCACAACACGGCCGGGUUCCAUUGCGAGGAGUGUCAGGAAGGUUAUGUCAGAGACCCGGAGGGAGCCAACUGCACCAAGAAAGAAGUCAUUCCUGGUCCUGAACCUAGAGGGUUUAUAACUGCUGCUCCUAAUACCACUAGGCCAACAUCAUUUUCAACUACGGUGAUAAACAGUACGUUAGCGGCAACAACUGUGCAGACUAUAUUUCCUAUCAACUCCUCUUACAAUAGUACCUCUGCAUUGGCAGACGUCUCCUGGACUCAAUUUAACAUCAUUAUUUUGACAGUUAUUAUCAUUGUUGUGGUCCUAUUGAUGGGGUUUGUGGGUGCUGUCUACAUGUACCGUGAAUAUCAAAACAGAAAACUUAAUGCUCCUUUUUGGACCAUUGAGCUCAAAGAGGACAACAUUAGUUUUAGCAGCUACCAUGACAGCAUACCCAAUGCUGAUGUUUCAGGCUUACUGGAGGAAGACGGAAAUGAAGUGGCACCAAAUGGACAGCUGACGCUGACAACUCCCAUGCAUAACUAUAAAGCUUAAAACAAGAGUCACUCCAGCUGUUCCAAAGUUGGUUUUAAAAAAUUACCAUCCUCGUUGAAGGGGUAUCAAAAUCUGUACCAAGGCUCCAAGCAAAGGAAUUUGCUACCCACAUAUUCUUUUACAUCGGACAUGGCGUAGCUUGCUGUUGAGCAGGAAAGGAGUGUAGUGCAUAUGAAUUUCAGGUAAAAUUAUGAAAUGCAUUCAGUGUAUUGUUUUCCAUGACGAUCCAUAGAAUUCAUUGCUAAGGACUUUACAUAAAAUUAUGCUGACCUUAAAAGUAUAUUUUUGUAUGAAAAGAUUUGGGGGGGGGGGGGUAGUAACUAGUGCCCCUUGAUUAAUCUAAAGCUACUUUGACUUCCAGCCAAGCUAAGACGGCCUACACCAGUAGCCUAUGUUUUGAAAAGCAGCCUGCUUAAUUAACAGCCGACUUUCAGAAAAUAGACAUUUGUAAAAACUAUGUUUUAUUUCCUGGUACGAAUUUGUGUUUUUAUAUAUAAAAAGGGAAAUCAUGUUCAUUUCACUGUACUGCUAAGAGACUUCUAAAUGAGUAAAUGUUACACACAUACUAAAGUCACCAUGUUCAGUUCUCCAACAAUUUGGGGAGCAGAAACAGUCAAUCAUGAAAAUGUCUGGGAGUGGGGGGAGAAAGAUCACUGUUCUUCCCUUUCUGAAUUCUCAUACAAAGUGAUGAUAACUAUUAAAACACAGAAAUCCAUUUUCAAUAGAAGGAGUUAAUGAACUUGUAUACAUACUGUACAAGGGAAGACGAGACAUCUCAGGGUCACGUGUACAAAUAAAAGCUAGGCUUAAUAUCCUACCCUGAUAGAAAUGGUGUGUUCUGUACAUAGAAUGUAAUAUAUCUUCUCUCCAUAGUAUUUAUAACUAUUUGUAAAAAAAAAAAUCAUGAGUCAUAUUUUAUCAUCUAGAUUUUAUCUGUACAGCGGUUAGUGGCAUUGUAAAAAAAAAAAAAAAAUGAGGAUUGUUUAAAAUUGUGUAAAUCAGAUGGCAAUAUUGCUGGAGCUGGGCCUCUGGCAAACACCCAUCAUUUAAAGUUCUUCUUCUGAUAUCACUGAAAUUUUUUUUAAGUUGUCUGUUUCCUACUCGUUAUCUGUAACGGUUCAAACUCCCCGACUCCUUUAAAGGUAUGGCCCAUAGUAUUAUGAAUAGAGACUAGUUGAUUUCCAGAGAUCAGGUGUAACAUUUGGUAAUUUGCUGUGAAGUGCCAGCACAAAAUGCAAACAUGCUGUUACAAAUAUAUAAUUAUUUAUGGCCUGAUCCUGAAAACCAUGAUGAACAUGCACUGUUGUUAUUCACAUGCAUAAUUCCUUUGAAGUUCACAAGACUGCUCGUGUGAAUAAAGACUGCUUGGUGUGAUCAAGGAUUGUCAGAGGUGCUGAGCUUUGCCUUUCCCCACUUGAAGAUAAUGGCAACAUUCCCAUUGACUUCAGUGGAACCAGGACGUCACCUAAGAGUUUACAGAUCAGAUUCUUCAUUGCAAAAUUCUAGUUAAAAAAAACAAAUUAUAUAGACACUGUCAAUUUAUGCCUAGAAGUUCUUGUAGCUUUAAGCUGUUGUAUGCUGGGGAGAGUUACGAGCCUCAGUUGCCAAGAAACACACAAAGGUCCAUUGGUUAAGCAAAGUCCUACUGUUCUUGUGCAGAAACAAACUAGCUAUUAGAAGAGGGAGCACAGUUAACAGCUGACAGACCUUUUCUGGCUCAGCAGAAUGGAGAUAGUCACAUGGAAGCAGGAUGCCGCCUUGUUCCCCCAGGUGACUCUAAGAUGUAGGCCUGAAUACAGGCUCCUACACAUAGGUGUAAUGUGGAUGGUGAACAUACAUCCAUGCACCACCAAGGAAGAAUGCUGACCAUAACGGCCUGUGAGCAGCCAGUUAGAACACCUAGCAGCACGCCAUGACCCCCAAGUAGACCCCCCUCUCCUGUCCUGUUAACAGCUGGCAGCAGGCAAUGGGGGAGCACAUGCUGAACGUUUUUCCAGCAAGUGUAAGGCGCACUGGACACUUCGCUCCUUUCAGUGACCCCUGAAGCAUUCUGUCUGCAUCUGUGCAGUGUAAAAAUAAUGCCAUGGAGCACCUCAGCUCCACCCUACCUUUUUUCAGCAUGCCUCACAAGCACCAGCUUGGCACAUGGUCCUUUUCAAGAGUCGCAUCCAAUCUCUCUCCCUUACUCUUUUCACUGUACUCACAUGCUGUCUUUGGGCCCAAUCCAACUCCUAUUAAAGCCAAUGGAAAGCCUCCCAUUCACUUUAAUGGAGUUUAAAUGGGAUAAUUUGAUUUUUUUUUUCUGAGCUUGGCAAACUGUUACCAUCCUAUGAAAAUCAAUACAAUUAAUGUCACAAAUCAAGCCCUUCUCCUAACCUGCCCUGACACCACCUAUACAGCGGUGAUGUGUGGGUGGUGGUGCUUUGCAAACAUUUAAAAACAAUGUUGCUGAUAAACAAGGUAGUUAACCAAGUUGAGCUAUCGCUGGCUCAUGCAUCAUCAGAAACAGAGUGAAAAAGGAGAAUAGUGUUUGUUUAUUUAUUUAAUUUAUUUAUUCUGUUUGUAUUCCACUAGUGCCUAAGGACCUCAGUCAGGGUGGGGGAUGCAUUGUGCUCAGUACUGUACAUACACACAGUAAGUUACAGUCCCUGUCCCCAAAGAUAUUAGUCUAAUUUAAGAUGUGGCACAAGUAAAUGUAACAAAGGGAAUUCGAGAUAGAGGGCAAGGAAAAUAGUGAUAGCAGGGUGUGAUAGACCGUGGAUAAGCCGGAUCCAAAGCCCGCUGAAGUCAAUGGAAAGUCUGCCAUUCCCUGCUGUGGGCUUGGGAUCAGGUCCUAAGUUUAUACGAAGCUAGAUUCAAGUCAUUCAGAGAUGUUUUAGGUGAUAAAAUAGAAGGGGGAAAAAGACAAAGGAUUGCACACAAAGCUUUUGAAGAAUAGAUUAAUGACAAUGGAGAGAGAGACUGAAAACUGUAUAUAAUUACUUGGCAUUGUCCUUUUGUAAUAUCUACUUGCCUGAUCUUUACACAGUGAAAAAAGUAACUUUUUAUAGGCAAUUUUAAUGAUCCCCCGUUUUAGAUUCUGGAAAUAGUUCAUAGAGCAAUAAUGCUGACAGGCAAAGAAAGAGCGAGCACUGUGGCCUGUCCGAAGUCUUUUGGGGGAGCUUGAGGAGAGUUUGCAAAGAAGAGAACGGCUACCGAAUAUUCCUUCCUGAAACCUUGGAAAGCCUGCAAGCUACUUUAUAACAGGGAUGGGAGACGUCUCAUUUGGAUUUCAGAUCCUGGUUUUUGGUUCUCUCCCAUUGUAGAGAGAGUGGCCAGCUGCAGAGUUUGCUUCUGAGUUCAGAUACUGACUCCUCCUAUCCCACCAUUAAAAAUGAGGGUGUGUGGAUCUGGAGUUCUGGUUCUGGCCCUUUUCUGCUUUAAAAGCAAAACAAGAGAAAUGAAUAUGAAGGCACUGUAUCCCAGCCCAUGUUUGAUGGAGUGACGAGGUCAGUUCCCCCUACACUUUGUAAUAGUGAGAGGGCAGUAGGAUUUGGGAAUCCUUUCUGAUGGCAAAUGAUCUCACAAAUUUUGAGAAAACAUCUCAUAGACAUCUUGGGGGUCUGAUCCAAAGCCUCCGGAAGUCAAUUGAAUCUUUCCUUCGGACUCUACUUGCAUAAAACUUUUCAAAACCGGACUGACCUUGCUGGAACUGUGGAAGGAUACUCUGUCAUAUAGCAGGCUUUGUUUUGGAACUAACCUCAGCCUAGCAGAGACUGGAAACAUCACAGAAGUGAGGCACUAGGGAGGAUGCCUAUGGGAGGGUGAAAUGACUCAACAGAAGAAACAAAAAUAGUUGCAGUCAGUCAUGUCUUUUGGCUGACAUGAAUAACUGAAUAAGAAAUCAAAACACGAUUAAAGACUAAAGAGAAACUCCCCUGCUUGAGGUUCAGCCUAGUUCUAUGAUCUUGGGGAGUGGAGCCUGCUUGUAUCCCCUCUGUUAACCACAUACCUGAGCAUCUUUACAAAGAGAGGAAGAAAAUGAGCUAUUUGUAUCUCUUGAUCAGCUUAGAGUGCACCCUGACAUAGCGCAGUGCCUGAAACGUCCACUGGCAGCUACCUUAGCUUGCCAAAGGCCUCCUGUCGUUUUGUUCAUUUUAUAACUUGCCACAGAGCUUCUGGGAUGCAGAGUCUGCUCCACAGCGGCUUGGAACGUGCACGGAUAAGUAGGACGAGGACAGCACCGGUGCACUAGAGCCAGUGGAGAGGCUAAUCAUCAAGUUUAGGGAUGGGGCAUCGAGGGUACUGGGCACAGAUGGCUGCAGUAUCAGCAUUGGUACUGUGAUGGCAUUUACAGGCAUCAUGCUGAACCAGGGCAGGCAAUAAAGUGAUACUGGACUUCGAAGGCCCCACCCCUCAACAGGUGCAGGGCAUGUUCUCAGUGGAGAAAGAGUUUAAAAGGAGACUGGUAGGCCAGGGGGUAUGGUCUGCAUGUAGUAACCAGGAAAUGAGGCUGAUGCUCUGCCAGGAGUGAUAACAGCUUUGUGAAAGCUGCUCUAGCAGUAGGGACUUGGAGGGCCCCCUACUUGAUCUUUGGGAGUUGAAAGCCCUAAGAGACUGAGGAGAGUCUACUAAGGCAGUGACCAUGCCCCAAACUGAAGAGCUCUAGACUGGUGGGAAAUGACCUGGGGGAAAUGUAAUUUGGAGUAGCUCAGUAACUUGGCAGGACAUGUUGAUAAACUCCAAGGGCCCUGGUUUGAAACCUGCUGGAUUGGAUGAGCCUGGUUCCCUUUGCCUUGUCCCCUUUGUAGUGACUGAAUGGUGAUGGAACAGUUAGAGCAUGAGGGGGGAGGUGAUUGAGGCUGCAGCUCAGACCCCUCUGGGAUGACUAGACUAGCAGAAACCAUACGGCCAUGAGCUGACCACUAGGCCAGCUGGUCAUCAGACCUUCCAACUACAGAUACCCACACCUUUGGUGAUGAUCAUUGUUCCACCUGCUAGCAGCUAACCAAAUAGUAUGCAAUCUUGCAGGACAACAGCAUUCAUUUUGGGUGAGACAGUGGGUGGUAUGAUGGAGUAGCUAUGUGUGAAUGGUGAAGAUGGAGUAAUAGGGGGACAUGGCAGUCCAGAGAAAUAUGAUCAUGAAAGAUCAGUGGCUGCUGUUCCUAAUGGUAAUGAUCUUAUGCUCAUGUCAUGGGAAGUGAGCACCCUUUUGGCACAUGCCCCUGCUGGUCUGGAUGAGGCAACUGAAAUCCCAGUCAAGUACUUGAGAACAAAAAUACUCCUCUGAUGGUGUGGGUGAAGGGAAAAACAGUAACUUUAUAAUAUGCACCGGGGCACCCUGGCUGGAUCACAAGAUAGGAUGCUGGUUUUUGAAUACAGGAUGUGGCAGACAUACAAAAAUAUAAUGGGGCUAAUAUGAAUUUAAGGUCUUGUAUCUCAUGAACCAUCGUAGCUAGAAAUAACUGCAUGAAGUUUUAGGCCUGGGGAGUUAGCAUGAGGUAUCAUAUAUUGAAAUAGUCAGUCCCUUGGUCCAGGCAAAAUAAACUUAGACCCUCAGAAGGAAUUUAUGAGGCAAGAUGGAGCCUCUUCACCAUUGUAAUGGCAUUCUGGGGCAGUUGACCUCUGAUGUACAGUAUCUUUAUUCCAAACGUUAAAUGCAAUAUAAGCGAUACAGUAUGGUGGCAGACAAUUGGUACAGUCUCUUCUAAAAUGAGGACCUAAGAUUGAAGCCUCAACAAAAUUUCUCUUUAAAGCGAAGUUUUAAAAUUAUCUUCCAAGAAACUCUGCUAUUUAUGUCUCCAAUUAAAAUAAAACAUGGGCCUAAAACAUUCAAAUUACACUUGCUCCCAACUAAAAUCCAGCAGGCUUGCAACACAUCCAAAUAAGGUGUCUUCUAAGCAUAUACUAAGCUUACAAAUGCAUUUCUAAAAAAGCUGUGUAUGGUUUGAAUAUGUCAGAAUUUAUA